AAUACGUUUGCGGCUGAUCAUGAACAACAUCGCGGCUGAACCUAAAUAAUAUCUAUAAACAUACUUGUGUCAUAUGACAAUUUUAUAGUAAUGGGUAUUUCAAUCUUGUUUCUCCUCCUUUCCUGCAUACUCAUAACCCUUCCCCUUGCCACUGCUCAACCAUGUCCCUACCCAGCCAGUUUCCCUACGAACAGCACGUACGGCCAAAACCGGAACGGAAUCCUCUCCUCCCUCGCCUCCAACGCCAUUGCCAAUGGCGGAUACUACACCACCAACUUCACACAAGGCUCCGACACCAUCUACGCUCUCGCCCUCUGCAGAGGCGACCUUUCCAACCAAAGUUGUUACGACUGUGUCGAUUCCGCCAGCCAGUCUAUGAUUGCAAAUUGUCCUAAUAAAACGGAGGCAUUCGAUUUCGGAAACUCCUCUCACUGUAUCGUCCGGUGCUCUGACCAGUCGUUUUUCAGCACCGUGGCCACUUGGCCGGGUAGAAUCGUGUGGGUUACAAGUGAUAUCACCGCCAAUGUCCAUGAAUAUGUGAAGGCCUUCAAUAGUUUGUUUGAUGACCUUAAGAAUAACGUCACUAGCGGUUCUAAUUCUGCGGGCAAGUUUGCAAGUGGUGAAAGACCGUAUGCGGCGGAUAAUAUUAUAAAUGGUAUUAUGCAGUGUGUCCCUGACCUUUCAUCGGCUAAUUGUAGCGCUUGUAUUGCAACAGCGACAGACGAUUAUUUGCAGGAUUUCUAUGGAAAGAGUGGAGUACAUAUCAUUACACCGAGUUGUAUUUUUCAGUAUGAAGCGUCCUCCAUUCCUGCUGGUGCUGCACCACCACCGCCGGUUCCUUAUUCCCCUCCUCCAUCAACCAAUGGUACACCGAAAGGAGAGAAUAAGAGCAGGAAAACUCAGACUACGAUUUUGAUUGUUGUUCCAGUGAGUACCUCAUUACUGCUCACUGCGCUUGCCUGCGCCUUUUUCCGACUUAGGAAGACAGAUGGCUUUUUCCGACAAAGGAAGAGAGACGAUGUCAACAGUUCACAGACAGAUAUUCUUCCAUCCAAAGGCGAUGAAAACACUAGUUUACCUAUUUUCAGUGUAGUCACAAUUGCUGAAGCUACAAACAAUUUCUCCCGUUCAAAUAAGAUUGGAGAAGGUGGGUUUGGACCUGUUUUCAAGGGUCAGCUAUCAACUGGACAACUGAUAGCAGUCAAGAGGAACUCAGACAAGUCCAAUCAAGGGCUCCGUGAAUUUAAAAAUGAGGUUAUCUUGAUCGCCAAACUUCAACACCGGAAUCUUGUUAGGCUUUUGGGAUGUUGUAUUGAAGGAGAAGAGAGGAUGCUGAUUUACGAGUACAUGCCCAAUGGAAGCUUGAACUCAUUUAUUUUUGAUAGCAGAAGUAACUCUCUCACAUGGAGUAGGAGGUUUGAUAUUAUUGUGGGGAUUGCUCGAGGGCUUCUUUAUCUACAUCGAGAUUCAAGACUCAGAAUUGUUCAUAGGGAUCUCAAAGCAAGCAAUGUGCUACUUGACAAUGAGAUGAAUCCAAAAAUUGCAGACUUCGGCAUUGCUAGAGCUUUCAGAGGAGAUCAACAACUAGAAAAAACCCAAACGGUGGUUGGAACUUAUGGUUAUAUGUCUCCUGAGUAUGUAAUGGACGGGCUCUUUUCAAUGAAAUCAGAUGUCUAUAGUUUUGGAGUGCUAGUUUUGGAAAUAGUGAGCGGAAAAAGGAACAGAGAGUUCUAUCAUCACGACCAUGGUCUUACCCUCCUCGGACAUGUGUGGAAACUAUGGAUUGAAGGAAAAGCCUUGGAGCUACUAAACGAACAGAUUGAUGAUUUUCCAAUACCGGAAGCAUUAAAAUGCAUACAAGUUGGUCUCUUGUGUGUCCAGCAUCACCCUGAAGACAGGCUGACAAUGUCUUCUGUGCUCUUGGCGUUGGAUAGUGAGAGCGCAACACUACCCCAACCGAAGGAACCGGGUUUCUAUAUGCAGAGGAGCAGCAAUGAGACGGAGCCUCCAUCGUCCAAAAAUCAAAUUACUACUUCAAACGAGAUGACUCUUACAGUUCUAUCUGGUCGAUAGGAAAUUUGUAAGGGAUUUGACAAGUACCUUGUUUUAAACUUAAAGAGUGAAUUUUGUAUAUUCUGCUUCAGUCCUUUUAUUUCGUGGGUUUUCUGGAUCAUGAGAAGGGUCAAUAAAUGUUCGUAUUAUUUAGUGUCAAUUCUUUGUAAGGACUCAAAUGACACAAAAACUUUUGCAAUUCAAAAUCCUUAGACAGUUGGUUUUA